AUGGUCGUGGUGGUCGCUCACUUGCUUGCAGGUGAGACUGCGCCUAGCGUCCACUUGCUGGCACUCAACUCUCACAUGUGGCUCCAAGUAGCUGGACUCUGCUCAGCGGCCGCACCCCGGGCAACCGUCUCGACCGGCGGGCUAAACCAGGUGAGGGGGCCCUGUGCGCUGUGCCGUGUGCACAGGGUUUGCGGAUUCCGCUGGAUGGAAGGUCGGAUGGAACCUUGCGUCGGCACCGUCGUGACGUGGUUCGUCUCUGCACGCCGCUGGACAGACGGUGACGGGAUGGAUCUCCCCAUCUACGGAGACGUCGCGACGGGGAGGCCAGAUUCGCCGUUACAAGGAUACCCUGAAGUCCUCCCUGAAACGCCUGCAAAUCAACCCCACCAACUGGGAGGAGUUCGCACUCGAUCGACCGACCUGGAGGAGGACAGUGAAGACAGGCGCUGCGAUCUACGAAGCUAACCGCAUCGCUGCCGUCAAAGCGAAACGUGAAGCUCGCAAAUCACAACUUCGCCCAGUACGCAACGCCGCCGCACAACCGCUUCCAACGUGUCCUCGAUGCCAACGGACAUUCCGGGCUCGAAUCGGACUUGUUGGACAUCUUCGGAUUAACUGCGCCUCUCGAACGGCAUCAACCAUCCUCCCCCUGCCCGCCUCUUCCUCCUCCUCUCCGCCGCCAAAUAACUCUGACAAUUCUUCUGACCCCCCACUUCCAUCAUCCUCCUCUUCCUCCUUCUCCUCAUCCUCCUCCUCCUCCUCGCCCACUGCUCCAACGGCGGCCGCUCAGGCGCCUGUCCCGCGCACAACAACCGACACUGCCACCACCUCCCCCGACUCUAGCGAUGAGGAUCAGGACUAUACCUGUCCUCACUGCGACCUCCCUUCACCUCACACAUCGACCUGGUCGGUCACUUGCGAAUCCAUCGCACAGAGACUGGCGAACCAGCGCGUGAAGCACCAACCUACACCCACUGCACUCGCCUCCACUGCCCACACUGCCCUCGCACCUUCACGCAUCGCAUGGGCCUUUUCGGCUACAUGCGCAUCCACGAGAGCGGCCUUGACCGCACUCCCGACACACCCACCACAUCCAACACAUCCACCGUGCACACCCCCACCCUCGCUCCAUCCGUCCGCGCCACCACCACCGCCUCCUCUGUAG